AUGAGGCAUCGACGUAACCCUCGAGUGUUUCUUGAGGUCAAGAUUGGCGCAGCUGCCGGGGGGCGAAUCGAAUUCGAGCUGUUCGCUGACACUUGCCCGAAAACGGCGGAGAACUUUAGAGGCCUGUGUACGGGAGAAUAUGGAAGUGAAUUGACGUAUAGAAAUUCGAAGAUAUUCAAGUCAGUGAAAGGAGAGGGCCUUCAGGGAGGGGACAUAGUGGAGAACGAUGGCAGCAGUGGAAUGUCCGUCUAUGGCAAACCUUUCCGGGAUGAGAAUUUCAUCAACAAGCAUAGCGGUGCUGGUAUCCUCACGACGACCUAUCAGGGAGAGGAGCGCAACAACAACACGUCGCAGUUCAUGGUCACCUACGCUCGAUCUCGGGCAUUGGAUUUCCAUCACGUCCCUUUCGGCCGGGUCACGAGAGGGAUGGAGGUUAUUCGAGCCAUCGAGAAGGUACCCACCGACGAGCGAGACCGACCGAGAGUCGAUAUAAUCAUCGUGAAGUGUGGUAUGGUUGGCAAAAAGGAAGUAGACGAGGCGUUGGAGGAAAGGAGGGCUGAAGUUGAGCAUGGCCGUUUCAAGAGCCGCAAACAGCUCAGAGCUGAAGGAAUAGCUACUGCUGCUUCUCUCGGUAAGAAGUUGCUGGAUAACGCUGCGGAGACUGAGGGGUCUGUGGAGGACAUGGCGAUAGACCUAGAGGAGGAGGCGGGUAGUAGCGACGAGUCGGAGGUUGAGGAGAUACCUCCUACUCCUGUGAAGCCGGCGGCUGGCUUUAAGAAUAAGAGAGAGGCUAGGAUGUUCGAAUUGAGACUGAAAAUGAACCAGGCGAGAGUUGCCAACCAGGACGAGGUGCUGAAGGAGGAGAAGGAAGCCCAACAGGGGGCGCCUCAUGAGGAAGGAGUUGAGGAAGGAACGGUAGGGAGACGGAAAAAGUAUAAGAAGGGAGAGGAUUGGGACCAUACGAGAUGGUAUCUCACUGAACAAGCAUCGAUGGCUGAGGCACGUGCUGAGAAGAAGGCUAGAAAGGGCAAUAACCAUACCUUUGGGUGGGAGGUCUUCAAUGAGGAUUCUCUCUAUCGAGCUCAUGAUAAGAAGCUUGGUGAUGUACAGUUUAAUGAAGUGAAAUACGAGAAGCAGAAGGAGGCUAUGGGCCAGGCUUUCUAUGAUGAUACUGAUCUGGUCAGCGCGAAGCCUUCUGAGGAAGGGAAGCAGCGCUUAGCUGAAGCCUUGAAAAAAUCUGAGGAGAAACGGAGGGCGUUCUCGAGGCGGCGUCUGGCUAACCCUGAUGAGGAUGUUGAUUACAUCAACGCUCGUAAUCAGCACUUCAAUAGGAAGAUCGAAAGGGAGUUCGGCAAGUACACUAAGGAGAUCAAAGCUAACCUUGAAAGAGGAACGGCUUUGUAA